CAACUUUCCGACGCCAGCGCAGAGUUUUGCCCUGAUCGCCGGGACCGCGUGAGCGUGCGGCGCCGAGGCCAUGCGGUGAGCGAGUCUUGUGAAGAAAGCAAUUUGAGGACCAUGCAUCCGUGACUCCUGGAACCAGCCUGUGAGCCAGGGCGAUGGAAGUUCUCGAGGGCCUCCAGCGUACUGCUUCUGUGAGCAUUCCCAAUGGAUGUGCCAACAGGAUUUCCCAAGGAAACAUGGAUGGAGGGAGCACUGAUGCCUUGGAGGCCUGUGGUGCUGAGCACCGCGCCUCUGGCGACGCAGUCCCCGGUGAGCAGGAGGAAACACACAGGUAUAAGAAGACAACCAAGGGCAGCCGGAUCUGGAAUUUUGUCAGACGAAGGAAAGGACUCUCUACAAAUAAAGACAGGCCCCAGUCCAUGAUUCUGCUGGGAGUUGCCUCUGAGGCACCAGAAUUGAAAAAGCCAUCCUUCAUGGACAGGGUACGCUCGUCAAAAAAGGGAAGAUCCUCCAGGACAUCCAAGAACGUGGAUUUGAGAGCAUCCAGAGUGCAGGACGUGUGUGAUCCUGAGGAGGACCCUCAUGGCAGUGGGCAGAGGGCUGUCUACAGGGUGAGGAAGCUGGGUGACGGCCGGAGGCCCUCCCGCCAUUCCUACGCGGGGUUCAUCGAGGAUUUGGACUCUUCUUUUGAGGACAUAGAGCUGAACAUCAGCAUUCCUGAACUCGAUGCCACUGAAAGUAAAUGUCUCAGGGAUAUCAGUGGCAGAUUACACGGUGAGGAUAAUGAUGGUAACUGCCACAGAAUAGCGGCCAGGAAGAGCGAAUCUUUGAAUUUUGAACACGUUAAGAGUCCUGCAAUUAUAGAAGGGGACAAUCAAAAGAGGUGUGCUGUGCUCCCACAGGAGAGCAGGAGAGGAAGGAGCUCUGAUGUCUGGAGCUAUCUGAAAGGAAUUUCAUUAGCUAGCAAAGAUAAUUCAAAGCUCCCAGAUCAAAGGGCUGAAACCAAUUUCCAGAACUUGGAAAAUACAACUGAUCAUUCCGCUUCUUACUUUGACUUUGAUACAAGAUGUGAGGAAAAUCUCAGCCAGCGAAAAAAAUCAAAUGGUGCUGCCAAAGCCACUCACUUUGGGGGUGUUGUGAGGUUCCUGAGCAGCGUGGCCGAGGCGGCCCGGCGGCUGCGAGGCUCCUCCAGGGCGUUCUCCCCCGAUGAGAGGAGGCCUCAGCGCAGUUUCCGGGGCCGCAGGCAGGACGUGGCCUCCCCCAGAGAGGGCCUGGUUCUCGAGAACGAGAGCGCCAAGGCCUUCUGCACGGUGGGAGCCUGCCUGCAGUCCCCGGAUUCGGGCACCUGGGAGAACCUGAGCUUUGAGAGUCUGGGGGGGAAGGAGCCCCUGCAGCACUGCAAAACCACAGAUGGGCUGAAAGGCCUUGAUUCCUCUGGCCUGGACAGUGGCAAUGACAGGCUUAAUGAAACCUCACCUUCUCCUUUUGGGCCAGAGCCAUCCAUGUCCCACCUGGCAGAGCUUGCAGACGGCUCUUUCACUGAGCUGAACAGCAAAGAUCCCUCUGAGGAUCUGGUUGAACUUGCACAGAUGACUCUGGCUGAACCGAUUGAGGACUUAGGCACUAAUCCAGAGAAGACCCAGGUCAUGGCCAGGGACCUGUCACCUUCUCAUGAUCUUUCUGUGAAUAGUGUGGAUACUGUGGACCUGGCCUGUUCUCCAGCUGCCAGUGGGGACUUACCUGCAGAAACUGAAGUGCAGAUUCACCUUCCACAGGCAUCACCAACUAAAUUGGAUUCUGGAGAUGUGGCUUGUGCCCCAGUGGUUGCUAAAGACAUGGCUUCAUCUCCAACAGUAGCUCAGGAGUUUUCAGAGACAGAACUGGAUAAUCAGGACUUGAGAAAUCCUGAGCUGCCUUUGCAGAACUUGUCUGGAAGUGAGCUGGAGUUCCAGGACACUGGCAGUACCCUGGAGAGGGUCGUGGGCAGGGACCUGGCACCUUCUCCUGAUCUUCCUGUCAGUAAUGUGGAUGCUGCAGGCCUGGGCUGCUCUCCAGCUGCUGAUGGUGCCUUUCCUGCAGUGUCUGAGGCUCAGGCCCACAUUGCACAGACAUCAUGGACUGAACUUGAUACUGAGGACGUGGCUUGUGCCCCAGCGAUUGCUAAAGACAUGGAUCAAUCUCCAGCUGCGGCUCAGGAAAUUUCAAGGACAGAACUGGAUAAUCAGGACUUGAGAAACCCUGAGCUGCCUUUGCAAGACUUGUUGGGUGGUGAUCUGGAGAUUCAGGACCUGGGCAGUACUCCAGAGACAUCACAGGCUGUGGACAGGGAUGUGCCACCUUCUCCUGAUCUUCCUGUGAAUGAGCUGGGUGCUGUGGACUUGGACCAUUCCUCAGCUGCCAAUGGUGACUCCUCUGCAGCACCUGAGGCUCUGAUCCACCUGCCCCAGGCAGCUGUGACUGAAGAGAACCAAGACACUGUCAGUACUCUGGAGAAGAGUCAGGUCACAGGCAGGAACCUGCCACCUUCUCAGGACAUUCCCGAGGAUAUUCUGGAUGCUGCGGGCAUGGGCUGUUCCGCAGUUGCCGACGUGGACUUUUCUGUAGUGACUUUUUUCAAGUGUUCCACAGUGAAAAGGCAGGGUUUGGAACAGCCUGGUGGCCGCAUUAAAAAGCGGGGAACCGCUUCAUUUGUGGAACAAAACUCUGUGGAGGUCAUGGACAGAGUGGAAGAGUUUGACUGCAGCACGGAGUGCAGGCCCUUCCAGGUGCACGUCUCCAGGAUUGUCUCUUCUGGACGCCUCAAAAAUGGAAAGCCGACGUCUCCCCCUGCUCAGCCGUGCCCGCAGGCAGAGCCCUUCAAGGCGCUGGUGGAGCGCUGCCGCUCGGAGCCGCUGUCACAGAGCACCCCCAUGGGGCUGGACCAGCUGGGAGGGCGCAUGCAGCACCUGCUCCGCAGGCGUGCUGAGAACGAGCAGGCUUCAAAGACCCUGAAGGUGCGCGGGAACUGCAGGAACGGCGGCCGUCGAUGGAACCUCUUCAAGCCUGGAGCUGAGAAGCUGCAGAUCAGUCGGAGCAAUGUGCCUGACUAA